GCCCUAUUUACUUUGUAUAUAAUUAUAUAUAAUUAUGUAAGUUCCAGGUAGGUAAGUACUACAUAGGCAGCCAUCGAGGGGAGAAUCAAUUGAGUUGCUCUAGCUUCAAUUAGUACCUAGUACCAGGCAUUGGAUGACAAACCAAGGACGUACAUACUGAUAUUUACGUAUAUACUUGUUGAGCCUCAUACAUUUUACUUAAACAUAAGCGAUACCUACUUAAUAUUAUGUACAUAUAUCAAUCUCUCUGGUAUCGAUAAUAGCUACUACCUUCAUGUGAUCCUAGCAACUGAUAUACUCGACAACUUCGGAGAACGCUCCUUUACACACUUACAAAGACGUUAUCAUCUACUUUCUACGCACAACCCAUCAAAGCUUCCUCAGAGAGCACACAUGGCGACCCGUAGAUCCGCACGCUUAAGCGCGGCGGCAUCCGCAGAAUCAAAGUCUACAAUAAUAGCCGUGGAACCUGCACCUCCUGCCCCAGUACCAAGGGGGCGGAAGAGGAAGCCCACAUCAGAUGCACCGAAGCUAGAAGCCGUGAGCGGUGUCCCGGAAGAGGAAACCCCGGCGCCAGCAACCCCUAAGCGGCGCCGGGCUGCAAAGCCCAAGGCCGAUGCACCACCAGCAACGCCCACACCCAACAACGCCCUGCUCAUAGGCGAGCCAGCCACAACCUUCGAGACCCCGAAGCCGAAGCCGGCAGCCGUAAGACGGCUCGCGGACCCGACCGGCACCAACGCGCCUCUCCUCUCGCCCGAGACCUCCCGCAUCGUGAAUCGCGGCGCAGCCAUCUCCCCGUCCAAGGCGCCUCUGCCGGGCCAGGUAACCACGGCGAACAUCCUGGAAGAAGCGUGCCGGCACCUGAUCAGCGUAGACGCGCGCAUGAAGCCUUUGGUCGAGUCCCACCACUGCCGGAUCUUCUCGCCGGAGGGGCUCAGCGAGAAGAUCGACCCGUUCGAGUCCCUCUGCAGCGGCAUCAUCUCGCAGCAGGUGUCCGGCGCCGCGGCCAAGGCCAUCAAGCGGCGGUUCGUCGGCCUCUUCGUCGACGAUGCCGGCAACGAUAAUGGAAACGACGACAACGACGGCCACGGCAGCGGCCACGGCCGGUUCCCGCACCCGUCGCAGGUCGCGGCCUGCACCGUCGAGCACCUGCGGACGGCGGGGCUCUCGCAGCGCAAGGCCGAGUACGUGCGCGGGCUCGCGGAGAAGUUCGCGUCGGGCGAGCUGAGCGCGCAGAUGCUCGCGGACGCGGCGUACGACGUGGUGCUGGAGAAGCUGCUCGCCGUGCGCGGGCUCGGGCAGUGGUCGGUCGAGAUGUUCGCGUGCUUCGGGCUGAAGCGGAUGGACGUGUUCUCGCUGGGCGACCUGGGCGUGCAGAGGGGGAUGGCGGCGUUCGUGGGGCGCGACGUCGCGAAGCUGAAGGGCAAGGGCGGCAAGUGGAAGUACAUGUCCGAGAGCGAGAUGAGGGAGAUCUCGGAGAGGUUCGCGCCGUAUCGGAGCGUGUUCAUGUGGUAUAUGUGGAGGGUCGAGGAGACGGAUAUUAGCACGUUGGAAUAGGAGGUGAAGGUUCCUAGGUUUUUCAUAAGGCUGUGGAUGCCAAUCUUCUCUCGAACUGACACUAUCACUGACGAACGCAUGCCUUGUCAUAGGCCAUAAUGUUUGGAUAUAACUAUGUAUUUUACGAAGUAUCGAAGUGUAGGUACUUGGGAUUCGACGUAUAUAAUACCCCCAAAAAUACGCUGUCUAUGCAGUUAUAAUAUACCUAUCACCGUGAUGAUUUCGGUGGUUUAAAUCAAGCCUCAACCUUCAUCGAAAUAUGUACACACACGCCAGGAAGAUACGCUCUAUGUCUUGACCGAGCGUGCUCGAGGCGACUAUUGCCAAUUAUCAGUUACCAACUGGGCGAGAUCAAGCUUUAGUAUCUCCGGCUUGUCUAUGAUAUCCCCUUAGUAAGUUAGUAUCGAGCGAUAGGUAAUCUGCUGGCCUACGACUAUAAAUAUUCAGUUCGUAUCCAGCUUGUAAGUUUGAUGCUCGAAACCGAAAAGCCGAUUUAUUUAUACUUGA